AUGACAUCGCGAGGCAGUACAUCGACUUUUCCACAACCUCCGAGGAUCGACCAACCCAGCCAGCCCGAGAUGGAGGACGAGGAGAGCAUGCUUUCAUCACGCAUGACGGACAUUGUCUCGGAGGAUGGACGAGAACAGCCGACAGAGCAGUCGAUUGCUUCGAGACCAAAUACCGACGCCACGGGAGUCUCCCAGCGAGGCGCAUGGCCGCAGAAACCAUCUUCUCGGCGGGCAUAUGCUCCUUCUCACAGUCAACGAGGGAGUGUUUCUACAACAGGAGGGGCGAGGCCACCAAGCGCCAGGUCUCAUGUGCCAUCACUCACCUCGCAUGCCUUCUUUCGACCCAUGAGUUCACAACGUUUACAGGCGCAUCGGGGAGGAGCGCGACCACCGACUUUGACGCAACCGAGCGUGAGCGCGGGGGUAUCUUUUGAAGGAGGGAUAAGGAGCAGCGUCAAUUCCAAUCAGACGGCCAGGCCAUAUGAUCAAGAUGGUCCACCACCGCCGUCGAGAGGGACAGAAAUGACAGAGCAAGAGACCGUGGACAGAUAUAGGGCCAACGCAAGUCCUUCUCAGGGUUAUACUACUGCUGGGAGCUUGACAGACAGUGUACAGCCAUUGCAACGAAAUCCCGCUAAUUCGAAGGGGCUCACUGUGAAUGUCGACCAGGGUUACAAGCCUGCGAAUGGGCUUGCAGCUGUUGCAGUUGCAAAUCCCUCCAAGUCUCCCCGUUCUUUUCGCUCUAGCUUUCUGCUACCUACGCGAAAUGAGACGGCCUCGGGAAGCCCGAAUCGAGGUAUGCCGGGGAGGGAAAAAUUAUCCUCAAUUGUAUCUUCACCUGGUUUGACGCCAGUCGACCCACCGAAAGAACUUCCCAAUAAUAUGAACCAUGGGAGCAAUUACGAGUAUUUCACAGGAAACACGGUCUUCUUCUGGGGAGGAAGGUUACAAAACACUCGAAGUCGGCCUAUCAACAUAGCUACGGGUCUUAUGUUCAUCAUCCCCGGCGCCCUCUUUUUUGUAUUUUCCGCGUCUUGGUUAUGGCACAACAUCUCGCCAUCGAUACCCAUCAUCUUCGCAUACCUCUACUACCUCGCCAUGUCUUCUUUCAUCCACGCCUCGCUAUCUGAUCCUGGAAUUCUGCCCCGGAACCUGCACCCCAUGCCACCUCCUGACGAGAACGAGGAUCCUCUUCGGCUUGCUCCUCCAACCAACGACUGGACCAUGAUCAAGUCAGCACAGUCGUCUACGGCAGCAAUGGAAGUGCCUACUAAAUACUGCAAGACUUGCAACAUCUGGCGGCCAGCUCGAGGCCAUCAUUGUCGUGUCUGUGAUAACUGCAUCGAAACUCAGGAUCAUCACUGUGUCUGGAUCAAUAACUGCGUAGGCCGACGCAACUACCGAUAUUUCUUCACAUUCGUCUUGUCUGGUACCCUGGUAGGCCUCUGCCUCAUCGCUGCCAGUCUCGCUCAAAUCAUUGUCUACAUGGACCGCCAAGAUAUUUCUUUUGGCGCCGCCAUCGACCACUUCAGAGUCCCGUUCGCAAUGGUGAUUUAUGGCGCCGUUGGCACGCCCUACCUGCUAGCAUUGACUGUGUACCAUCUCUUCUUGAUGGGCCGCGGUGAGACCACCAGGGAAUAUCUUAACUCCCACAAGUUCCUCAAGAAAGACCGCCACAGACCUUUCACCCAAGGCAACAUCAUCAAGAACUGGCUUGUCGUCUUAUGCAGGCCUCGGCCGCCGACCUACCUCAGAUUCAAGCAGAAGUACGAAGAUGGCGAUCAGCGACUCGGUGAGAGGAAAGGGAAGCGAACGGCUCCGCUGAAGGACGAAGUGCAGGGUAAGGGCGUGGCGAUGGAGAUGCAGAAUGUGCCUCCGAAUAUCGGGUUUCAAGGCCCCAUGGCGUUGAGAGAGGACGAUAUAUAA